AUGAAGGACCUACUGAUUUUCCUCACUCUGCUAACCUCGACGCGCGCGCUGGUCAAGUUGAAUGACUACACUAACGCGGACUAUAUCCCAAUAGCGGACGGGGACGCCAUCAUUUGGGCCAACCACGGAUACCUGCACCACACUGCGAACGUGACUUCAUACGAAGAUUACGUCGUGCCACGCACCGCGCAUGCGGCCUUCAACAAGGGUGGCCAAUACUUCAACAUCCAUGUGAGAUCUGUGGACGUCGAUCCGGAGACCUUCGAGGUCGACAUGAAGAAGUUCAAGCGUGCCAUCAAUAGGAACACCAUUCUGCUGGUUGGCUCUGCUCCCAAUUUCCCCCACGGCACUAUCGACGACAUCGAAGCCAUCGCCGCUCUGGGCGUAAAGUACGACAUUCCCGUCCACGUAGACGCCUGCCUGGGGAGCUUUGUGGUGGCACUGGUCCGCAAUGCCGGCUACAAGCUGCGUCCCUUUGACUUUGACGUUAAGGGCGUAACCAGCAUCUCUGCCGACACGCACAAAUACGGAUUUGCUCCAAAGGGAUCGUCGGUGAUCCUGUACUCUGAGAAGAAGUUCAAGGAUCACCAGUUCGCCGUGACCACCGACUGGCCAGGCGGCGUCUACGGCUCACCCACUGUAAAUGGUUCCCGUGCCGGAGGCAUCAUCGCCGCCUGCUGGGCCACCAUGAUGAGCUUCGGCUACGAUGGCUAUUUGGAGGCUACCAAGCGCAUUGUGGACACGGCUCGCUACAUUGAGAGGGGUGUCCGCGACAUCGAUGGCCUGUUUGUGUUUGGCAAGCCAGCCACUUCCGUCAUUGCCUUUGGAUCGAAUGUGUUUGAUAUCUUCCGACUGUCGGACUCGCUCUGCAAGCUCGGCUGGAACCUGAAUGCCCUGCAGUUCCCCUCUGGUAUCCACAUCUGCGUCACGGACAUGCACACCCAGGCCGGAGUGGCAGACAAUUUCAUUGCCGACGUUCGCAGCUGCACGGCGGAGAUCAUGAAGGAUCCUGGCCAGCCCGUGGUCGGAAAGAUGGCCCUGUACGGCAUGGCCCAGAGCAUACCCGACCGCUCGGUAAUUGGCGAGGUGACCCGCCUCUUCCUGCACUCCAUGUACUACACGCCCAGCCAGAAGUAGGCAUCUGCCUCAGCUACUCUUCCUACAGCUCCCACCCAUGCAAGCAUUUCAUCUGCAGUGCUACUGUUUUUAGAAUC